AUGACCGCAACUACAGAUAGUAAACCCCGAAAGCGGCAUAAUGAACAAACCCCAGUCACCGUCACCAAUGCUUCUGCAGAGUUCAAGGACUUCACAUUGGAACAUAUUACAGGAGGCUGGCAACCAGGCAUGGAUCCCAAGGUUGACGAUUCCGGUCAUUUCGAGUUCGGCGGCUCCCUGGGUUGCCUUGGCCUGAUGAUUGGGUUUCCAAUGUUGAUGUGGUAUAUGUGGAUUGGUGCCACUUACUACGAUGGAAAACUCCCUCUUCCAGAAGCUGAUCAAUCAUUGGUGAGUUUUGGGAAGCACCUGGUUCAUCUUGCCUACACUGGCGCUUUCCCGCAUUUCCGUGCAUGGCGCAUCUACUGGACAUACUUGAUUUUUGAAGCUGCCUUAUACGUCUUGAUGCCUGGCUUCACCUGCUACGGAAAGCCUCUUGCUCAUCUAGGCGGAAAGCAAUUGAAGUACCAUUGCUCGGCCUACACCAGCUUCUAUUCAACUAUCGUUGUCAUGGCCAUUCUGCACGGCACUGGAGUAUUCCCUAUCUAUACUUUCCUCGAUGAAUUUGGUCCUUUGAUGUCUGUCGCUAUUUUCUCUGGCUACAUCUUGAGUCUCAUCACCUACGUUCAGGCCUUUGCUCGUGGAACACAGCACCGCAUUACUGGUUACCCUAUCUACGAUUUCUUCAUGGGCGCUGAAUUGAACCCAAGACUUUUUGGCAUCUUGGACUUCAAGAUGUUCUACGAGGUCCGCAUUCCGUGGUUCAUUCUUUUCGGUCUCAGCUGUGCGGCUGCAACCCGUCAGUAUGAGAGAUACGGCUAUGUCUCCGGUGAAGUCUUGUUCCUGGUUAUGGCCCACUAUAGCUACGCCAACGCGUGCUCCAAAGGAGAGCAUCUUAUCACUACGACCUGGGACAUGUACCAGGAGAAGCUUGGUUUUAUGUUGACAUUCUGGAAUAUUGCUGGUGUCCCCCUGUCCUACUGUCAUUGCACAUUGUACCUCGCGAACCACGACCCAUCCACAUAUGCAUGGAGCAAACCCGCACUGGCCGCAUUCUUUAUCUCGUAUCUUUUUGUUUACUGGGUCUGGGAUACCGCCAAUGGCCAGAAGAAUUCUUUCCGCAUGAUGGAACGGGGAACUUGGGUGAAGCGCAAGACCUUCCCACAACUCCCGUGGCAAGAGGUUUACAAUCCAAAGACGAUUGUUUCUGAGAAAGGAGACACAAUUCUUGUCGAUGGUUGGUAUGGCUUAGCGCGCAAGGUUCACUACAGCUGUGAUAUGUUCUUCGCGAUUUCAUGGGCCCUGAUCACCGGCUUUCAGAGUCCGUUCCCGUGGUUCUACCCUGUGUUCUUUUGUAUUAUGAUUGCACACCGUGCUAUGCGGGACAUCAACAAAUGCAGACACAAGUAUGGUGCUUCUUGGACCGAAUAUGAAAAACGGGUCCCCUAUCUUUUUAUUCCGUAUGUGGUUUAA